GCUAUUCCUCAAGGUAAAAGGAAAGAGUAAAGACUAGGUGUGUGAAGUCAGCAGGACGACCUGAGCUACCCAGCAGACAUCCUCAGACCCCUUGCCAAGACAGACCUCGUUCUCAGUCAGGUUGUGUGCAAGAUGGGCCAAUUCUCAGUUCUGCUUUUGCUGACAGUUCUCUGUGCAUUCAUCGAGGAAACUGAAGCAAAUCCAUUUGUUUACAGUAAGUAGCUCAUUCCUCUACACUCAUUCAAAGGGAACUGAUAAAUCACCACCAACAAACAAAAUGAACGUAGUGGUAUGUAAGUGGCCAUAUUCUUAUUGGAUAUGAAAUGACAUGAGCACAUCAGAAAUAUGCUUCUGACAUUGGAUGAAUCAUUGCACCUGUGUGAUUCUUAGCUGUUGAAUGUUGAAUUUCCCAGACUAUGAGAGACUACGAAUUGGAGGCCUGAUCAUUGCAGGCUUGCUUGUAGUAGGUGGCUUGUUUGUCCUACUUAGUAAGUACACAUAGCCCAAUUACUAAUACGUUCUUACAUUAUGAAUGUAACUCAAGAGGAUAGACUCACACUUUGUCAGUGUUUGUAGUAACAUCUCAUUAUUCUCUCUUCAGAUCCAAAAUGCACUAGAAAGAACAAAAAAUCUGAAGAUGACACAAGUGAACUCUAAGCAUCUCUAAAGGGUGGAAUCUGACUAACUGGUUGCUGUUGUUCUAAUGAUGAAGAUUUGGGGGUGGGAAUGGGGCAGGGCUCUGGCCAUGACAAUGUAAUGACACCUGAAUGGAUGUGAGAGCGGAUGGAGGGUGGGUGGGCCACAAUGCAUCUAUUUACUGUUUUGUUUCUUUAUUGGCUCAAAUAUAUGAGUUUAUUUUCAGGUGUUUUACCGUGGUAGUGAGAUGUAUUAUCGAACAACUGAAAUACAUUUCAUUUAGCUAUAGGCCCUGGGCAUUAUGGUCAAACAGUUGUAUUGAGCUAAAACGAUUAGCCUUCAAUUGUUUGUGCAAAUUCUUAUUAAUGAAAAGCCAAAUAAAUACCAUUGAAUACCAUUGUUAGAAGUAAACAACAUGUUAAACUGUUUGUGUUCAGAGAUGUGCACUGAGCAUGCUCUCACGAUACAAUAUGUAACCAAAGCAGGUACUGUACACAACUAUUUUGAAUAUAUUGAUGUGAUAAUGUUCGAUUUGGUACCUUCCAUAUCACCGUUUUUACAUGUUGUUGCUAUAUUUGUUAUAGCAACAACAGGUCAUUGAAAGCAACCAAUGACAAACAAAUGAUAAAAUCCUCCUCCUCUCCAGCGCAUGCAACUUCAAUUUAAACUCAGCCUAUUUUCAAGCUGAGCAAACCUGUUGAGCGUCAGUGAAAAAGGGUGUUGGCGUCUGUCUGACUCAAGAGUACGUUCGUCUAUUGUGUGUCGCUCCAUGCCCGACAUUUCCUAUUUUCCCCCCUACACACAUCUCCAUUUGGGUUUAACGCGUGUCGGAGGUGAAAGAGAGUUUGAAGAUGGCAAAUAUCUCUGCUUUGAUUUUAUUGACAUCAGUUACGUCCCUUGUGUUUGCAGAGGAGCAGAAAGAAAUGGAGGAGGAGGAUCCAUUUACCUUUGAUUAUCACAGGCUACGUGUUGGGGGGUUGAUCCUGGCAGCAGUUCUGUGUCUGAUCGGCAUCACCAUCCUCUUCAGCGGACACUGCAGAUGCAAGUUCAACCAGGACAAAAGGAGGAGGUCAGGAAGCAACGCCGCCCAGCCACUCAACGACCAAGCUCGGGCCAGUGAGUGCUAGGAACCAAACUCCCACCUGGCAGCAGGUCAAAUCGACUUCCUGGUUCUGCAUCAAUCAAGAGAUGGAAAUUGAUGGGUGGAGUUGGCUUGUUUUUUGUCCAAUGGAGGUUGUUUUUUAGAGAGUGGUGCUGUCUUCCCCAGAGGGAGGUGGUACUGUGCCAUUGGAGAUCAGAGGUGUGCUGCUUUUACCUGUGUUGCUGUUCUCCCUUCCGCCCAUUACUCCUGUUUCUGCUCCGCCCAAUAUUCACACUGUAACUCGCCACCAGUAGGCACACACAGACAGACAAAGCAGGACACAAUUUUUCCCCAUGUUCUUUGUAUUUAAACAAAUAACCAAAAGAUGCUGUGUGUCGACUCACUCAUUAUUUCAUUGUAAUGUUUUUCACCUCUAGUAGCUCCACCUGCAUGUGGAAAAUAUGCAGUAGAUUUGACUGUUGCCAUACUGUCUCCUAAUAAUCUUACAUGCAUAUACAUUACUGUAAAAUAGGUACCGGUAGCCAUAAACUAUUAUAAUGUCAAUAACUAUUCACACACCUUUAUCUUGAUUAUUCCUAUAUUAACUUUUUAGUUGAAUGUAGAAAAGUGCACUGGUCUAUGCAGUAGAAUCUGUUGUAUGAUAAAUGCAAUGUUUUUUAAUAGUACAGAAUAUUAAAAUAAUUUCAAUAAGCUGAUGAUAUAGUUUUGAUUGAGAGUGUUUGCCACCAAAACAACAUUAAUGUUAUUUUAGUUUGUUAGAUACCACACAAACAAUUACUGUCCCUGAAUUGGCUUUUAGUGAGUCACGGUCUACAUUGAGAUAGAUGUUUCUUGGCAAAUGAGUAGAUGGUGUCUAUGUUUGUAAUUCAAAUUAAAAUAUAUACCUUAUA